ACCGCGGGGAGCGGCGGGAGCGGCGGCGGCGCCGCGGGGGGAGGCGCCAUGGCGGAGGCGGAGGCGGAGGCCGGGGGGCGCCGGGACCCCCCCCGGGAGGGGACAAGGGGCCGGGGGGGGGUCCCCUGGCCCUGCUGAAGGCGCGGGCGCUCGACGUCACCUUCGAGGUGGGGGACGAGUAUGAGGUCAUCGAGACCAUCGGCACCGGCGCUUACGGCGUCGUCAGCUCCGCCCGGCGACGGGACACCGGCCAGCAGGUGGCCAUCAAGAAGAUCCCGAACGCCUUCGACGUGGUGACCAACGCCAAGCGGACGCUGCGGGAGCUGAAGAUCCUCAAGCACUUCAAGCACGACAACAUCAUCGGCAUCAAGGACAUCCUCAAGCCCACCGUCCCCUACGGCGAGUUCCGCUCCGUCUACGUGGUCCUGGACCUGAUGGAGAGCGACCUGCACCAGAUCAUCCACUCGUCUCAACCGCUGACGCUGGAGCACGUCCGCUACUUCCUCUACCAGCUCCUGCGGGGCCUCAAGUACAUCCACUCGGCCAACGUCCUCCACCGCGACCUGAAGCCCAGCAACCUCCUGGUGAACGAGAACUGCGAGCUGAAGAUCGGCGAUUUCGGCAUGGCCCGGGGGCUCGGCGCCGACCCGCGCCACGCCAAGGCCUUCCUCACCGAAUACGUGGCCACGCGGUGGUACCGGGCGCCGGAGCUGCUCCUCUCGCUGCACCGCUACACCCGCGCCAUCGACAUGUGGUCGGUGGGCUGCAUCUUCGCCGAGAUGUUGGGCCGGCGGCAGCUCUUCCCCGGCAGGAACUACAUGCACCAGCUGCAGCUCAUCAUGGCCGUGCUGGGGACGCCGCCGGCCACCGUCAUGGCCGCCAUCGGCGCCGAGCGGGUGCGGGCCUACGUGCAGAGCUUGCCCCCGCGCCCGGCGGUGCCGUGGGAGAGCCUCUUCGGCGACGCCGAGCCGGCGGCGUUGGCGCUGCGGAGGAUGCUGCGCUUCGACCCCCGCGAGCGGGUCGGGGUGGCCGAGGCGCUGCGGCACCCGUUUUUGGCCAAAUAUCACGACCCCGAGGACGAGCCCGAGUGCGUCCCCGCCUUCGACUUCGCCUUUGACCGCCGGGUGCUGACCAAGGAGGAGAUCAAGGCAGCCAUCGUGGCCGAGAUCGCCGAUUUCCACGAGCGCCGCGACGGCAUCCGGCGGCAAAUCGCCUUCGCUCCGGCCGAAAACGCGGCCGGCGGCGCCGGCGUGGGCGGCGGCGCGGCCGACGGCGCCGUGGCCAACGUGAACGCCCCCAUGGGUGGCGUCAACGCGGCCAGCGUCGGCGUCAACGUGGUGCCCAACGUCAGCGUGGCCAACGCCAGCGUCGGGAUGACCAGCGUUGGCAUGGCCAACGUCAACAUGGGCAGCUCCGGCGUCAGCGUGGCCAAUGCCGCCAUGGCCAACGUCAACGUGGCCGGCGUCAGCUUGGCCAGCGUCAAUGCCACCAUGGCCAACAGCAGCGUCAACAGGGCCAACGCCGCCAUGGCCAACGCCGCCAUGGUCAACGCCAACGCCGCCAUGGUCAACGCCAACGCCAACAUGGCCAACGCCAACGUCAACGUGCCCAACGCCGCCGCAGCUGGGGUUGGCCCGGCCUGGCCCUGCACCGACGUGGACAUGCCGAGCCCUGGCCCCGCCCCCGACUGCCCAAUGGACUCUCCCCGGGUGAAGGCGGAGCCGGGGGCCCCCGCGCCCCCCAAGCGGGACGGCGCCAUCUCGGAUGACACCAAGGCCGCCCUCAAGGCCGCCCUGCUCAAGUCGGCCAUGAGGAACAAGAGCAAAGAACCGCCGUGCGGCCCGGAGGCGCCGGAGGGCCGGAAGCCGGUGACGGCGGCGGAGCGGCAGCGGGAGCGCGAGGAGAAGCGGCGGCGGCGGCAGGAGCGGGCGAAGGAGCGCGAGAAGAAGCAGCGGGAGCGGGAGCGGCGCGAGCCCCGCGGCCGCGGCGAGGGCCUCCGGGGCCUCGUCCUCACCGACGACGACCGCCACCUCCUCGAGCGGUGGACCAAGAUGAGGGACGGGGCCCCACCACGACCCCCGGCCCGGCCCGCACCGGCCCCGUGUCCCCCACCUUGCGGGGGACCUCCCGAAACGUGGCCGGGCACCGAGGUGUGGUCCGAGCCUCCACCGGACCCGUCCCCGCGGACCCCGACGUGGCCACCGUCACCCAACAGCUCUCCAAGUCGCAGGUGGAGGACCUGCUGCCCCCGUCUUCUCGGUGACCCCAAGGGGAGCGGGGCCGGCUACGGGGUCGGCUUCGACCUGGAGGAGUUCCUGAGCCAAUCGUUGGACAUGGUGGGGGACAGCAAGGACAGCCAAGGCGAUUCGGCGCCGCUCUCGGCCUCGCUCCUCGCCGACUGGCUGGAGGUCCACCGCCUGAGCCCGGCUGCCCUCGAGAGCCUCCAGCGCGACCUCCAGCUCGGCUCCCCCAUGCUCCUCUCCGACGACCUCCCUGAGCCUUAAGGGGGGGGGGGGGGGGGCAACGACGGGUCCCCCCCCGCCCCCCCGCCCCCCCCC